AUUUUACAUUGUUGAAUGAUAUAAAACAUGAUAUAUAAUUUUCCUGCUAUAGCUGUUUGUAUUAGAAAUGAUGUUUAAACUAAUUGUCUUGUUGGUAAGCAUGGCUUCGGUUUUACAUCGAACAACAGGAAUGCACUGCGUCCUUUGUAUUGAUGUCAAAUCUAAUCUCAGUGCUGCUCAUAAUGUAAAAAAUUUCCAAACAUAUAUUGACAAAAUUUCGAAUUUAAGAAAACCAGAAUGUGUUAAUGCAAACACUAAUGCAGCAAACACUAACCUCCUCUCGUGUAAAACAUCUUCAGAUCAACAAAGAGAUCAAACAUGUGGGACAAUCAACGGGGAAGUAGUCCUGCGUCAAGGAUACUUUGAAGUAGAUAUACCUACGACAGUUAUUAUCAGCGGAUGUUUAUAUGUUGAAAAUGGAACAGAUGCUGAAUGUUACACAGAUCUGAAUAUGUUAAAUGAGAAUAGAGAAAUCCUAGUAAACUUUCUAAACGAGGAAAUAGGAAUUCUGCCAAUGCAAACCGGCAAUUUCACUAAAGGACAGAUUUGUAUUAUAAGGCCGCCUUAUGAGACAAGGGGUAAUGAAGAGGUAAUGAACAAAUCGGCGCCAAUAGCUACUGGAUAUGGCAAGAAUACAUCCGUGAUAUCUAAGUUCAAAUUUCUUUUGACAUUGUCAACCAUAUUAGUCUACUUUGCUGUAUUAUAGAAUUACAAUUUUCAAAACCCGUUGGUAUUGACAAUACUCAGAUUUUAUAAAUUACAUAUUUUUGCAUGUGUAAUAACUUUUGGAAAUAUGUAGGUGCAUCAGUGUGUGAUUGUUUUCUGGGCUUCAUAAAUAUUUUUAAAUUGUG